CUUGGCAUCUAAUAACACUGUUUGUAUUAUCGAAAUUUGAGGUAAUUUUAAACAAUUUUAGUAUAUGACACUCAUUUUAUAGCUAAAUAUUGCAUCGUUUUGACAUUGUUAUAGUUUUUAUUGAUUCAUUCACUGUCCCUGCACAAUACGAUUUUAAAUGAUUUGUAGUGCAUGGUUUAUGUAAAUCCUAUCUGUAUCAUUCGUCGGGCCAGUGUUUACACACCUUACUAGAUACUAAUUGCAUGGAUGUAGGGUCUCAGGUCUGCAACAGUGUAUUUGUGUAAUUCUAUAGCGAGUGACACUUAGCCUUUCAGCUCCGUCAGAGGUCAUUGUGUUUAGACGGAAACCGCGAAGUUUCUGUGGAUUGUUAUGAACAACGGACUUUUUGUGACAUGUUUAUUUAAACUUCGAUAGGAAAAUUUAUGAGUUGUUUUUUAUUUUCUAAAUGGUUUUGAAAAUCGAACGUCGUUUUGUACGACGUUAUCGCCCAAUCCACUUCGCUAGAUCAAAGUUGUAAAUCAAAGCUUCGGCAACCUGUCUGCAAAAAAAUUGUACAAACUACAAAUUUUGCUUAGUAUGAUAUAAUUAUUGUUGCUACGAUUUCUUGUAAAGGUUAAAAAUUUAGUGGGUUUUAACUGAUACGCAUUUUUACAAUAUAUGCAUGCAUGGAAAGUGAGUAAAACCGCAUAAAGUUUGUUCAUGUCAUUCCGAUUAACAUGCCAACUGAUUUUUCUUGUACAGAACCCCGAAAGCAUCAGUUUAGGAUUACCGGUAUUAUUGGUUGGUAAACUUAUUAAGGGAGUCAGAUAAGGCAUUAUAGUUCGAGAUUCUGUACAUGAAAAUUGGGCAAACAUAUACUCCUCUCUCGACCACUCCCGCUUUACUCCCCCACUUCAUAAAUCAAAAGAAAGUUGAUUACUAACAGGUAACACGGCGUAUUUUGACAGCUGAUAUAUUGAAAAAAAAAUUAGCGGAUACGGCAUUUUAGAAAUGACUCGCUUGUCAAGCUGCGAGAAAGAUAAGUUUAUAUAUACCCAAAUACGUAAUAACCAUCUCGUUGUUCACACGACAUGAGACCUCGUAGUUGCUAGCGACUGUUCUCUAAAUCUCUUCACUCUCUAAAGUUAGGUAGCGAACGACUUUGGGAGUACAAUAAAACUUUCCAUACAAUGCAAUAUUUUAGGCGUAAGUCGGUCCUAAACUUGAAUACACUUAUUAAAAUAUUGUCUGGUACAAAAAAAACCCGAUAGGGAUGCUGUUUCUACUGUGAUUUAUAUUCAAAUGUUAAUCAGUUUAAAACCCUAUUAAAGCAAACAAUUCUGACAAAUUUAUCAGUUAUAUAUGAAGUCCAAAACAAGUAAUGUUAUGAUACUGCUGAAUUUAUCUGUCGUCUUGAAAUCAAGAUUACUCAAGUCUAUUCAGACUGGUAAGUGCUUUACUUAUGACAUUUUUGGAUUUAUGGGUUAUGUUGAGUUAAAACUUAUUUAUAAAUUCAUGCGUAUACAACUUGUUUUAAUUUAGAAAAGUAACUACCCAAUCCCUGGCUCUCAAAACUGCUUACCCAAGCCAUUUAUUUUCGUACCAACCACGGGUAAAAAACUAACGCUGCCUCGAUAUCAUCGUGUUAUAUUAACUUUGUCUGCCUACUGCAUGUCUUGAACCUUCGCAAUGCAAUAUGAUGUAAGUCGUAGCAAACUAACAAUCCUUUCUGCAAAACAACCAGAUUUCCCUACAGUUUCUUCGCAUGCCAGUAAAGUUUCACCCUUUCUACUAUAUUUUUCUUUUGCAUGUAAGUUGUUGCCGACAAGCGGACUAAGAGCCCACAUAUUUAUAGUUGUUUUAAAAGAUAGGAUCAUUCAAAUAAUUAAAAACCCGACAUUUAAAUGCUAUCAUUUCUCUGGCAAUACUCUGGUUUUUAAAUACUGAUAUAAACCCAAAGCUUAGUCGAAGUCGACAUCUUAACAUUGCUUCUUAGCUUCUAAUUCCAAAAUUAUUUUAGCAUUCGGAGUGUAAAAAUGUUUAAAAUUAUAGAAAAAUAUUGCACCCAAAAGUUUCUUGUAGAGACAAAUUUAUAGGUUAGUUUAUUUAUACUUUUACAGAAAAUCAAGAAAGAUAAAGUAAAGUGGUAAAACCGUAAGUAAAAUGAUGAACGUUGAAUUCCCUGCAACAGAGAAGUUUGAUACGUUUAUAAGAAGAGUUGUAAAUAUUCAAGAGUUAAUUGUUGGCCUGGCGAUACCGCCAAGGGUACAAAACGAGUUGCAAGAACUGAUGAACGAAUUAAUCGAAGGCAAAACAGCAGCGCAACAAAAUAAAGCGAUUGCUGAAGAGAAUGAAGAUGACCACAUAAGAUCCAUAGUCCGUCAUGAGCUGGAGAUAUUUCAACAGGAUGAUGUGAUUAAACAAUUACGAGAAGAUGUAACUGAACUCCAAACUCAGCAGACAGAAACACAAAAUAAUCUAGAGCAAACGCAAAACGAGCUCGUAGAAUUACGAAAUAAUUUUACAAGACAGCAAAACGAACUAGCAGAACUGAGAGCAAUCAUAAAUCAAAUACGAAAUGAAUGACCAGGGACGCCGGAACUGGGGGGGGGGCAGGAGGGUGCGGCUGCCCCUCUUGCCUUUUGCUAGGGGGGCAGGGGGGCAGUAGUGCCCUUUUAGUUGUAAAAUACUACGUGAUAAAUCACAUUUCCAGAGAUGGUUUUUCGGACAAAAUCAUGAGAUUCAGGUAAUUUAUAGGCCCAGAGAAAGAUAAUUUACAAAAUUUUAGACAAUUUUAGGAUCUUAGAAAAAUAUUUUGGAUAAAUGAAAAUUUGGUAUGUCUGGAAAAAAUUUUUGACCCCUAAAAUGGUACACUGACCGAAAUUUUUUUGGCGACGGGGGGGGGUCGCUCAAACAAUUUCCAUUUUAAAAAAGAUUUUCAAGUAGAUUUUGAACGUUUGAUCUAUAGAGGUGCCCUUCGUGUGCGUCUGCCCCCCUUUGCCAUUUUAUCGUUCCGGCGUCCCUGUGAAUGACGAUCUUGUAAGUAUAAUAUCGAUAGGUAAAAACUUUAAAUAUCAGAGUACAGUUCCUCAAAAAACACGGGGGUACAUUGAAAGGCUGCAAAAUAUAUAAAUACGUAACAAGAAUGUCUGAACCUAUAGAAGGGUCCAGGUCUUUUAUAUUUGGAAGUCCGAAUUAUCCAUAAACCCCCUCUUUUAUUUUAAUUUUAUUCAUAACUCCAACCAUUACAUCUUGAAAUUAUUCACUGAACAUAUGCCAAAUUUCUACUAGAUUUGCACGUGUGCAUAUGUGCCUUUAAGGUGGUAUUACACCAAAACUGACAAAGACUUUCGAAAAAUUGCAAAAUUAAUUUUAAAAUGAUUUUAAUAAAAUCGUUGUACUGUUAUAAAUAAAAAAAAUAAUCAAAAUAUCUGUAUACUAAAUGUCUUUUAGUAAAAUAUCUUAUAAUCAAAAUAUCUGUCUCUAUCUUCAUCUUGUUAGGGUAAACCUACAUGACUUCACCCUGAAAAAACAAGACGC